AUGAAGAAAAAAUAUCCAAUUCCACUAAUAGCUGGCCUAUUUAAUAGAAUUGGACAAGCCAAGUACUUUACAAAGGUUGAUCACAAAGGUUACUAUCAGAUUCACAUUGCAGAUGGAGAUGAGACACAAACAACAUGUGUGAUGAGAUAUGGAGCCUUUGAGUUGUUGAGUAACACCUUUGAGGAGUAUGUAGCGCAUUUAAGGAAGGUUUUCCAAGUCUUGUGGGAGAAUCAAUUAUACAUCAAUAGGGAGAAGUGUGAGUUUGCACAUUCAAAAGUACACUUCUUAGGCCAUGUCGUCAGCAAUGGCAAGCUAUGCAUGGACGAGGUGAAGGUACGAGCUAUCCAAGAGUGGGAGGCACCUACAAAGGUAACCGAGUUGAGCUCCUUCCUUUGUCUUGUUAACUACUAUCAUCGGUUCAUCAGUGGAUAUUCAACCAAAGAAGCACCAUUGACCAACUUGCCAAAGAAGAACAACUUAUGGGUUUGGAUUGAACAUUGUCAAAAGACAUUUGAUCAAGGCCUUAAGACAACUAUGACGGAGGACCUAAUCUUGGCAUUGCUCGACUUUACCAAGAUAUUCGAGGUACAUACAGAUGCUUUUGAUUUUGCCAUCGAAGGUGUUUGA